GUAGAAUUAUAUUGGCCAAGCAGAAGUCAAUAUUAACAACACUCGUACUGCAAACUGUGCAGUGCUGUAAUCUGUGAGUUUUGUUGGUUCAUCUUGUACGUUUUUCUUUCCCAGACCCAUUCAAAGUCUAAAGUAGCCAUGGGUUUCUUCAAAUGGAUCAACUUGUUCAUCUUUUUUAAUUUCUUUGCUGCGACCCCCAUCUUCUCUGAUUCCUCCUUCAGCUUAAAGGAACACGCUGCCAAGUUUCUAGAUUUAGCGAAGGAUCCUCGGGUUUUUGACUGGAUGGUGGGUAUCAGGAGGAAAAUUCAUGAGAAUCCAGAACUGGGUUUUGAGGAAUUUGAGACCAGUGAGCUGAUUAGAGCGGAAUUGGAUAAACUGGGCAUCUCAUAUAAGCACCCAGUUGCAGUUACUGGUGUUAUUGGCUUCAUAGGGACUGGACUUUCUCCUUUUGUUGCAAUAAGAGCAGACAUGGAUGCUCUUCCUAUGCAGGAAAUGGAGUGGGAGCACAAGAGUAAAGUACCUGGAAAGAUGCAUGCAUGCGGUCAUGAUGCUCAUGUUGCUAUGCUUCUCGGUGCUGCAAAGAUCCUCAAAGAGCAUGAAAAGGAGAUACCGGGAACUGUUGUUCUUGUUUUUCAACCAGCAGAAGAAGGAGGUGGAGGGGCUAAGAAAAUUUUAGAUGCUGGAGUCCUAGAAAAUAUCUCUGCCAUCUUCGGAUUGCAUGUUGAUCCUACCUCACCUUUAGGUGAAGUGUCCUCUAGGUCAGGUCCUAUGUUGGCAGGAAGUGGUUUCUUUGAAGCAAUAAUAAAUGGUAGGGGAGGUCAUGCAGCUAUCCCUCAGCACUCUAUAGACCCAAUAUUGGCAGCUUCCAAUGUGAUUGUUAGCUUACAACAUAUUGUUUCUCGUGAGGCCGAUCCUCUGGACUCCCAGGUUGUGACUGUAGGAAAAUUUCAAGGAGGUGGUGCAUUCAAUGUUAUUCCAGACUCCGUCACAAUUAGUGGCACCUUCCGAGCUUUUUCAAAGGAAAGCUUAAUGCAACUAAAGCAGCGGAUUGAGCAGGUUAUCACAGGGCAAGCUGCUGUGCAAAGAUGCAAUGCAACGGUCAACUUUCUUGAUGAAGAGAGACUUUUCUUCCCCCCAACAAUAAACAAUGGUGACUUGCAUGAGUUUUUUCGAAGCGUUGCAUGGAGUUUGGUAGGAGUAGAUAAAGUUAAGGACAUGCAACCAGUGAUGGGAGCUGAGGACUUUGCAUUCUAUCAAGAGGUUUUUCCUGGCUACUUCUUCCUACUUGGAAUGGAGAGUGCUUCUGGUGAACGUCUUGGGUCAGCACACUCUCCCUCUUUCAAAAUCAAUGAAGAUGUACUUCCUUAUGGAGCUGCAUUUCAUGCGUCUUUGGCUACUACAUAUCUUCUCAAAUCAAAUCAACAAGUACCACUAGUGAAGGGGCAAUAUCACGAUGAAUUAUAACACGGAUCGUAGAAUGCUCUUGUUGGUUUUUUUAUCACGAGGUAGUAGUGGGACAUUGCAUUGACACAUACCUUGGUUGUAAAUGCAUUGCUUUUUAAUUCAAAUAAUUCCAUUCCGCUUCCACGUAAAACUCAUUAACCGUGCUCAUCUACAAAUCUAUUAGCAGAAAAAAAUUUGACCCGAUGUAUUCAGAUUUUAAGUUAAAAAAAUAAAUAAAAUUAAAUAUAAACUACUGUAU